AUGGACGCGCGCAGCUCGAGAGGCGCCGGCGAGCGCAGGCGGGGGCGCGGCCCGCUGCUGCUCGUGGGGCUGCGCUUGGUCUUGAUGGAGCUGCACUGGGCUACUUUGACUUUCAUGUAUGCAGCUUAUCUACAACGAGCCGACUACAACGUGAUAUCUGUGGAUUGGAGCCCCUUGGCCCGGGAGCCCUGUUACGUGCAGGCGACCUACACCGUGGCCACUGUGGGCAACUGUACGGCGCAGCUGCUGGACUGGCUGGUGGGCGAGGGGGUCACAACGCUGGACGCCGUGCACGUGGUCGGCUUCAGUCUCGGGGCCCAAGUGGCCGGUCACGUGGGGCUAUUUUUGCAGAGCGGUAGACUUCCGCGCGUCACAGGUUUAGAUCCUGCUUUGCCUCUAUUUGGCACUCCUUAUAAAUCUAGCAAACUUGAUUCUAAUGAUGCCGAAUUCGUGGAUGUAAUUCAUACCAAUGCAGGUCACAAGGGAAAGUACGAACCAUGUGGUGACGUUGACUUCUACGUGAACAGUGGCUAUAACCAACCUGGAUGCGAAUCACACCCAGAUGGAGAACCAAGUUGUUCUCAUGCACGUGCGCCAGCUUAUUUUGGAGAGUCAAUUAACACCAACGUCGGUUUCUACGCUCAAAGCUGUUGCAGUUGGAUUAUGAGUGUCGUAGGAUGGUGCAGCGAUAACACUGAAAGCUCAAUUUUAAUGGGAGAAUAUACACCAAGAAGUGCGCGAGGUACAUACUACGUGACCACACGAGAUAUGCCACCAUAUGCUCUGGGCAAAAAUAAUAAUGCUUGUUCUAGCUAGAGGGGCGUCGAUAUUCCAGAAGGAUCACAAUCAAGACUUUCGCAGACUUCUGGAUCAAUUAAUUACUUACAAAUCUCUCUCUUUUUUCGUAUGUACCUAAAGUACCUUACGAAACUAAGUGGUUCUUAUUCUCAUUUGCUGCAGGAAUUACUAAUUUAAUAUUUAUUGUCCAAAAUUAUGUAAGUUAUUUAGUGUAAUGUAUACUAACCAAUAUUUAAUUAAAAGUAAAGUACUCAUGGUA